AUGGCUGAUGGCGCGAAGUGCUUUUUUUUUUGUUACCGUGGUGUCGUGAAAUGAAAGCUCAUCACGUUCAUAGCUUCCUCGUUAAAGGACGCCGAGCUGCAGCGCUAUUUUGAUGCAGCCGCACGGCCAGCAACAAUACUAACAAUGGAUAUCCGCAAGUUUUUCUCGGCUACUGGUUCAGCCCCCGUGAAGAGAGCUGCUGAUGACACGAAAAAACAGUCCGACGAGAAAAACAAGCCAAAGCAGUCGACGAAAGCGGUAAAAGAGCCCGCGAAACCGAAGGCCCCGGAGAAAGAGAAAAAAGCUGCACCCGUGGAAGUUUCGAAGAGAGAAAGAAAUGAGCGGGUCAAGCCAGCGUCAUCGAAGGAAAAAAAGGAAUCUGGGAAAAAGCCACGGCAGAGGAUUGUCAUGUUUGAUUCCGAUUCAGAUGAGGAAGAACCGAUACCCAAGAAGGCCAAGAAGCAGGCCAAGGAAUGCAAAGCUGCAGCUGUCGACUCUGACGAAGACUCUGAAGAACCAAUUGUUUCGAAGAAACCUGCUGAGCGAACACAAGCUGCAAUUUCAAAGGACGAACCUUUGAAGAAGGCCACAAUCAAAGUCAAUGGCAAGGAGCAACCUAAACAGAAACUUGUACCCGUUUCUGCGGAUGACUUCUUCGCGAGUGCUUCCAUAAGUCCAGCCUCGAAGCUAUCACUCAAGGCGUCUCAAGCUAAGAAGGUUUCAACUGCAAAGGAGUCUCACGAGGAUGAUGAUUUCCAAAAAACGCUCGCAAAGCUGGAUGAAAAAACCGAGGAAAAGAAGCUGACCACGCGCUCAAGUCCACGAAAGACCUCCAAGGAUUCAGAGAGCUCCGUUGUGAAAAAGUCAUCACCUUCUAAAGGCAGUGCUACGGAAAAGCCAGAGAGCAGCAAGAAACUGGAGAAGGAAAAGGCCGCAACUAAACAUUCGCCGAAGAAACGGAAAGCAGAAUCGCCAGUUGCGCGCGCUUCUGAUUCUGCUAGCCAGUCAUCCAAGAAAGCUGAGAAAGAACUGACACAUAAAAGGGAAAGCCCGAGGAAAGUACCAGAGAAGACGGAAAGAGUAACACCUGGCAAGCAAGCUGCCAGAAAGGAGAAACCUGCACCUGCUAAGGAGAAAGUACCUAAGGAAGAGAAAUCGGCUGCUGCCGCCGCGCCUGCCUUUCGAAGAGGAAACGCCGCCAACUACCAGAGUUACCUCAACAGGGAGGGCCCGAGGUUGCUUGGAACACGAGACAUACCUGAGGGUGCCCCAGGCUGCCUGAAAGGUGUGACGUUAGUGGUGACUGGAGUUUUGGAAUGCAUAGAACGCGAUGAUGCGAAGGAGCUGCUGGAGCGCUGCGGUGCCAAGGUCACACAAAGUGUCAGCCGCAAUACCACCUACCUCGUUGCAGGUCGGGACUCAGGCCCAGCCAAGAUACGCAAGGCUGAAGAGUGCAAGGUGGAAAUAAUAGAUGAAGAUGCAUUGUACGAGCUAAUCGAAAGUCGUUCAGGUGGUGACGGCAAGCGCAAAGCUGAGGACGCUGAAGUCAAGGAAAAACCAGAGGAGGCUAGUACGCCGAAGAAAAAGCGAAAAGUGGACCCUGAUGACAGCUCUGAGGAAAGCCGGUCAAAGGGCUCGCCAAGGGUCAAAGAGCAUGUCAUUUCCCCAACCAAGAAAUCGAAAGAUGCCAGCACCACGGAAACGCCGUCCACAUCCAGCAGUCAGCAGUCACGGACAACAGCCGAGAUGUGGGUGGACAAGUACAAGCCGCAGACAACCAAGCAGAUCAUAGGCCAGCAGGGAGACAAGAGCAACUGCGGCAAGUUGCUGCUGUGGUUGCGCAACUGGCACAAGAGUCGUCUGGGACCCAAGAAGCCAAUACCCAAGUGGGGAGGAGGUGGAGGCGACGGGUCCGCUUUCAAGGCAGCGCUGCUGUCCGGAGCUCCUGGCAUCGGCAAGACCACCACGGCUACACUCGCAGCACGGGAAGCUGGCUACAGCAUCUUGGAGAUGAAUGCAUCAGACACUCGUUCCAAGAAGAGUCUUGCCGAGCACGUAGCUGAGACCCUGAAGAACCGCACUUUUACAGAAUCUGGUACAACAUCCAAACACGUGCUCAUCAUGGAUGAAGUGGAUGGCAUGGCGGGCAACGAGGACAGAGGUGGAGUUCAGGAAAUGAUUGCUCUGAUAAAGUCCACGCGGAUCCCCAUCAUCUGCAUCUGCAAUGAUCGCUCGCACCCGAAGAUGCGUUCCUUGGUGAACUAUUGUUUUGACUUGCGAUUUCAGCGGCCGCAAGUCAAGCAAAUUCAGGCUGCAUUGAUGUCCAUCGCAUGCAAGGAAGGUCUCUCCAUCACACCUGCUGUUGUGCAAGAGAUUGUCAUGGCCUCCAACCAAGAUGUGCGACAGGCACUGCACAACCUCUCGCUUUGGAGCUCCCGAACAAAGACCAUGAGCGUGUCGCAGGUGAAGGCGGAUGCGGGCAAGGGCACCAAGGAUAUCAAGAUGGGUCCGUUUGACGUGGUGCGCAAGAUUCUGUCGAGCACAGAGGGUGGCCAGUCCAUGACGCUCAACGAGAAGGCGGCACUCUUCUUUCACGACUACAACAUGGUCCCUCUGUUUGUCCAGGAUAACUACUUGCACGUUCAACCUUUGGAAGCCAAGGGCGACCGCCAGAAACACCUACGAUUGGUCAGUGAAGCAGCCGACUGCAUCAGCUAUGGAGAUUUGGUGGAGCGGCAGAUCCGGCAGCACGGCAGUUGGUCGCUGCUUCCCAUGCAGGCCUUCUUCUCCAGCGUGAUUCCCGGAGAACUGGUCCGAGGUCACAUGCGCGAGAUGAUCAGCUUCCCAGCGUGGUUUGGCAAGAACUCCUCCACAACCAAGCGACACCGCCUGCUGCGUGAACUCAAGCAUCAUACGCACACACGAGUGUCCGCUGACCGCACGCAAUUGUCCAUGGACUACGUCGGGCCCUUGUUAGACUCGCUGACCAAGCCACUGAUCGACAAGGGUGCUGAUGGUGUGCCGAGUGUUGUGAGCCGCAUGCAUCACUAUUACUUGCAGCGAGCCGAUCUGGACAAUCUUUGUGACCUGGCUUUGUGGCCGGGCAUGAAAGACCCCAUGGCGAACAUAGACUCCAAGGUAAAAGCUGCUCUGACACGUACCCUGAAUAAGGAAGCCUUUAUGACCCCUUAUUCCACCGGCGACUUCGUCAAAAAGAAGGCAAAGAAAGGUGCUGGAAAAUCCGAGAAACUGGCUGCAUCGCAGGACGAUGAGGAAAAUGCUGAAGAAGAGGAAGAGGAUGAGGAGCCCGACCCAACACUUGUCGAUUACGAGUAGAUUGCCAUCUCGUUUUCCAAAUUUGGUUGCACGCUGUGGUUUGACUGCCCUGUGUUCGCAACUUGUUUGCUAUUGGUAAGCGAUCGUGUGGAAUGCUGUGUGAUAAAAUUGUUUGGAGCCUCACACUUCCUCACACUUGAAAUGAUACUGCUACCUCAUAUUCUCUCCUUUCUGCAUUCAGAAUAAGCGUUCCACUGCAGUGUUCAUUAGACAUGUUGCUUUUUGAAAGAGCUUGUGUUGUUGGCAUUGAUAUUCAUAAUUCAUAUGUGCGAAAUUUGUGCCUUUAAGGCAGUAGUCGAGGCUUGUUGAUCAUAAAUUGUUGACCUGUGUGUGUGUGUGUGUAUGUGUAGGGGGGGGGGGGGUUGCUUUGAAAUGUAAAUGUUGAUAAUGACAAUUUUUUACUGUGCGAUGUGUGAUUUUCUGUGCGCUUCUUUUUGUUUUGUUACUUGAGAUUGCACACAGGUAAUAGAGAGCCGACGUUCACAGCUAGCAGGAAAAGGACUCUCAUGUCUUUUAUAUUUAGGUGAUGUGGAUGCAGACUCGAGUCACGCAAAUAACAGAUAAUGUCCUAGUUGAAUGAAGCUGACGUUCGAUCACCACUUGAUUGUUAAGGCAAAUUCAAGCUUGUUCGAAAAGUGUUCAGGGCCUUGCAAAGUUGUUACAUUGAAGCCAUGGAAAGCCGCAGUUGUCUGCCAACGAAAAGCUCCAUACGGUGUGUUUGCGACAUUCGCAGUACAUAUCACGCUCACUGAAACAGCAAAGUUCAUUUUCACUUUCGUGGUUCCAACAAAAGUUGAGAUUGUGCCUGAAUGUCUAAAAGACUCAACGAGUUGUCCAGUUAUGCUACACAUGGCUUGCACUUAAAAGCAGUUGGGCUGCUGCACUCUGUGAGUGUGCAGAAGGAGAUGGGGACUGAAUCUUUAAACAUUAAAGCUUUAUGAAUGUUAAGUUGCCGUCUGUUUGUAGUAGCAACUUUCACCAGCAAUCAAACUUCCGAUUGCUGAGUAUUUUCUAUUGCACAGUGUCCUGUUCUUUCUUUUAUGCUCUCCGUGUCCCGACCCAGUGUAUCUUUGUAAAUCUCUGUGUGUCUACAUUACGCUUACAGUGUUCUUUCCUUUGCUUUGGCAUGGAAGUGAAGCAGUAUGCAUGUUAUUUCAGUACUAAAUGACAUCAGUAAUUAUCUCACCACACAACAUGAAUGCAUGCUAAUUCUGUAAUGAAAGUAUGCUAAUCAUACAGUUUAGCAGCAUGCAUGUUAAUUCUGUACUAUAUAACAUCAACAAGUACACCGCUAGGAUGAAUGAUUGGGUAAGCUAUCUCUUUGCUAGUGAUAAUGUAUGAAUGUGCACAACUAAUUGUGUUCACAUCUCCGUCGCACAUUGUAUAUAUAAUACUAAUCAUAUCACACAAUGGCACUGAGAUCAUACUUUUGUAACGUUUUUGCUAGGAUUCCUGGACUCUGCUCAUUAUAGUACUGUGGGCUCCAGUCUUGAUCAUUAGCGCAUGUAAUAAAUGUAUGCUGAUUAUUCAGAUCUAACCUUGUGACAUUGUGGAUGUCUAGCCAGUUUAGUCCCAUUGAUAAUUGAUCAUACUGUUGAAUGCCUUUACUCCAUCUCUUCCUAGGAUCCCCCCAAGCCCUUUUGUUAUAUGAUCAUUGAAUGUAUAACAGGUAAGCCCUGAUAUAACGGAUGUGGAUACAUAUGACACACUGUCAGUUAUAGCAAACUAAAUGAAGGAAAAACAACCUCAGUGGUGUAACUGAUGUAUCUUAGUCAUUAAUUUUAAGAUAAAACAAACCUACUCUCUGUUAUAACUAUAAAUUUGACUCUACAUUGAGUGCUGUUUUUGGUUAAGUGUUUUCAUCAAGCAUCUGACAGAGCAAAUAUGUGGAUGAGAUCAUGUGGUGAAGUUGUUUUGUCGCAGAUGCAUAGACAAAUGACGAAAAAUCCCUAAGACAGCAAAAGGAAUCGGUAUAGACUCGGGCAAAAUAUUGCUGACUGUAUUUCUAUGGGCCAGUGUAUGAAGUGUAGGUGACUGAAACGCUGUCAUAUAUACAAGAGCAGCAGUAAAAUCAAGAACUCUGUUUUGGAAGAGUGUUUUAUUAUAUAUAAGCAGCAGAGCUUGCAAAAGAUGUUGAAAAAGCUGUCGCACCGUGGUGUAGUACUGUUGGAGCAGUCUUGUUGCAUCACGAUACAACAAUAAUGUAGCACAAGUUGAACUGUUUCAAGAGUAAUAGUCAUAUCAGACAUCUAGAAAAGUUAUGUGUUUACAGAAAUGCCAUGUUUCAACUAGACAUAUGGAUGUGCAAGCUGGUUAAGCCACGGCCUAUUUCAAUGCGAGUUUUAAAUUAUUGCUUCAUGGUCAUUAUAAUUAUGCUGAGGUGCUAUGCUAUUAAUGCUAAUUACAUUUUCACUGUUGUAGAUGUCUCGCAGGUAGUGUUUCGCAGCGUCACUAGAACUGUGCAGGCAGCAUGUGAGGGCUGGCAUUGGAUAUCAACAGGCGGGCUCUUCAUGCAAAUCUUUGAAACUGAUUUACUUAUCUGGUCUUGUAACAAGCUAUCGGCAUCACGCAGUAAUAUAUUACAGCAGAUUGUAAACAUGUCGAAUGCUUGCCCUCCGUACAAACAAAUAGUUCGUAAUUUCACAAGCGUUUCCUCAAAACGUGUGGGCAGUUGUCUUUGUUUCCUGUUGGGUGGUAAGCGUGAAAUAAUGUUUCAUUGUGUCCACUCGUGUUACACCUGGUUUGACUAGCAUUUAGCGGUAAAUGCUAAUUUUCUGCAUUUGUUGAGGCUGCUCUGGAUGUGGGUGCAUCAAAUAACGUUUAACUUGUGGAUACGAAGCCCACACUUUCCAAAUAUGUUAGAUGUGCACUAUUAUAUGCCAACCUCGAUUAUUUGAGUGUUGUACCACUGCAUACGGUAUGUUUUCAUUAUUAGGCAAUGAGUCCUUGAUGCACUAAGAAACAUCUUUUGCCUUGGAAAUAGUGGUUUAAUUGCUUCUCAUUGUAGGCACGUGUGUAGAAAAUGUUGGUGUAUGUUAUUUGGGAAUGCUUUGUUUUUUAAGGGGUCGUUGAAGCAGAGUUGAAGAAUUUCAGGCCAUUAAUGUGAGGUUUGUUUUCAUUUAUUCACACAAAUACCAUGUCCCCAUAACAUGCACUUAAUGCACACCCUUACUGCUCAUUAUGAUCUGUCCAUGGGAGCAUUAAACUCAAUUGUGUGUAAGCAAGUUGUUUCAUAAAAAGUGUAUCUACACAACUUUUCUGCCUGUACUCAUUUUCCUUGUUUCAUGACAUUUGUGAAGUGCUUCGGAGCACAGUUCGUGUACACCUCUGAAGUUAUUUGUUUUUUGUGCUGCAAUAGUUUGUUGAAUUGCUAAUAAAUGACUGCUUUGAAACCUCUUCUG